AUGGAUACCUGUAGCUCUUGUUAUCGUCAACUUCCUCCUGAAGAAUUCGUAUAUAAGAACAAAAUAUAUAAAACAUGUGUUAAGUGCAAAACUAGUAGAACAGAAAAAAAAAAGUUAGCUGAUGAUAUUGAUAGUGAAGAAGACCAAAUUGAAAUAAUUCCUAUUAAUGAAAUUAGUAGUUAUAUUUCUGAUAUAAUUGAUGGUUUAGAAGAUGCUAUACUUUUUUCUACGUUUUAUGUUAAACUUGAUGAAGAUACACUUACUUCUGUUAGAUCGGAUGUUACAAUAAUGGCUAAGCUGAUCGUUGAUGAAAUUGAAGAAGGUGAUGAUUUUAAAUGGGUUAAUGAGAUUGAGCGUGAAUACAAAGAAUCUAAUCGUAAAAGAACAGACCGGUUUAGUUGUAAUGAUAAAUUAACUAUAAAUAUAGAUAUUCCAGCUGCAAAUGCUAAAGUAACAUUACAGCAUGAAUUAGUACAUGAAAAGCCUGCUGAUGUCACAACACCUCUAGAAAUAAAACAGAAGAUUUUAGAAAAUUUGAAUAUGGAUCCUGUACACUUACAUACAUACCUUCGCAAAAAAUUUGACAUAUCUAAAGUUACUUCGAAACAGAUCCAAUAUUGGUGGUCAUAUUAUACGCAGAAAUUCUAUAAACAUAAUGAAGAUCAUAUUAUUUCUGCAUGUGCUCUUAUUGAAGGACAAAAAAAAAAAGAAUAUGAUCUUUGUUUUCGAUUAGAAACUACGUCAGAAAAGGUAAAAGAGUCUGAAUUACAAGAUAUUCGGUUAGUUUAUUCUAAUUUUAAACGACGAACAGAAUAUCCAUUUUUAAUCUGGGAUGGAAGUGAAACUCAAGACAUACCUGAAAAUUUUCCUAGUUUAACAUUAUGUAAUCAGAAUCUUGUUGAAGAUACUGAAAGUUCUAAAAAUACAGAGCGAUGUCAAGAAAUGAAAUCUAAAAUAGCUUUAUUAAACUCUUUAGUUAAUCAUUUAAAUAUAGAAUUGACUAAUAAUAAUUUGCAACAUGUGGAAGCUGUUGUGAAUAAUUUGGGUCGUGUCUUUACAAUAAUUAAUGAUAUUGAAAUAGCAAAAGCUAGACGGCAGCGAGUUUCAACUUGGCGAGGAUCAAAGCCAUGGACUUUAUUUUUAUCUUUAGAAUAG